AUGUACCCUGGAAAGUCUCCUGCCGGUCUGCAUUUAGCAAAUAGACGCGAUAUGUCACGGCCACGUGAGCAGAAUAACGAAAGUGUAUGGUCAACAUGCUUCAAGAGGCCAUUGACUAUCUUCCCACCUCCAAUUGAAUCGUGCAGUACGCAGUUCGACAAGUACAUCGGUACUGCAUCUAACGUUCCAGGGUGCAUCAGCCAUACUACGCUAUUCUCAUCGUCGGGAUCGAAACCGGUCUCUGUACUCGGCAACGAGCAUACUACGCCUCUUUUUCUCCCACCAUAUCAAUCGCCUUCCUUGCGGGGAUGCUCGUUUUACAUCCGACCACGCCAAUUCUCACGGCUAUUGACACCAUUAUGGCUAACGACGAACACCGAGGAUGGCAUCUCUCAUGAACGCAGAUAAAACCAUUCCCGGGUGAUCGUAAAGAGAGUCAAAGAAUAUUUCGUUCCCGAAGAUUAGGACGUUGCUCUAUG